ACAAUUCAUUAUUUAGGCUAAUAUACACCUUUAAAAGCUGUGUUACUAUACUCAAAGGAGCAUAUUCAUAUUCAUCUAACUUGUAUAAAUACUCUUUACAUCAUAACAGUUUCUUAAUUUUCAAACUUCCAAUAUAUUCAAUCGGUAGGAAACACUAAAAUACAAUAUGCAAACGAACCAAACCGAAUAUUUUUCAAAAUAAUAAUUGUUUGCACACAGUUCUGAAGUAACUGCACAAUAUUUCGUCACUGUUGUUGAUUUGUUUAAAUAUGUGAACGCGAAUCGCUCAUAAAACGCGGUACUUGUGGUUUCUGUUCCUUGUUUUAUGAAUAGUUCAAUUACAGAGGUAAACAUGAGCGUCCCGAGCCGUGCGACUAACUCAAACAGUACAAUUUUAUCUGAGGACCGGACAUGUCACAGAAGUCAAAUGGCAUCAUCGGAUGCUGUUGGACGUUCAAUGGCAUUGUUACCCAUAAAUCAUAAUCAUGCUCUGCAUCAUGGAAUAAAAUUAAUGCCUCACAUAAACAUGCCUCAUAGAGAAGUAGGAGCAACAACACCUUUGGUUAAUAACUCCGGCGCAGCCAGUACGUGCUCGAUGUCUCUGCCAGGUUCGAUGUCAUCGGCAUCGGACACUGUUUGUAAUAUUCUUCCACAUAACACUUCAGAUAGCAGUUCAAUAGACCUCGCUAGUCUUUUCGAAUGCCCUGUUUGUAUGGAUUACGCUCUACCACCUAUUAUGCAAUGUCAGAGUGGACACAUUGUUUGUGCAUCGUGCCGGUCAAAACUCUCAUCAUGCCCAACUUGUAGAGGCAACUUAGAUAAUAUCCGGAACCUCGCAAUGGAAAAACUUGCUUCCAGUGUAUUAUUUCCUUGCAAGUACUCCACUAGUGGUUGCCCCGAAACUUUUCAUUAUACAUCCAAAUCAGAACAUGAAGCAGCUUGCGAGUACAGGCCCUAUGAUUGUCCAUGUCCUGGUGCUUCAUGUAAGUGGCUUGGUGAAUUGGAACAAGUUAUGCCCCAUCUCGUGCAUCAUCAUAAAAGCAUUACAACUUUACAAGGUAACUUGUAUCUGGAUUUUUUUUCCUUUAACCAGACUAUUUAUUAGUAUUAUUUGCAGAUAUAUAAGUUUUAUUUCUACCGUAGGAAUAAUUGUACCCAUUAAUCUCGUAUAUAUUUAGGUGAAAUAUUAGGAAAUGAUCACCUUUCUAGGAAUGUUAAAGGUUUCUUAUGUGUUUCAAGUUAUUUGUCCUAUGAAUUGAUUAUAUUUGCAUUCUUUUGAUCAUAAAAUGUAGUCAAAUCCGUUAGAUAACCAUAUACUUCAAGGUCUUGCCUAAUAAAUGACUCAACUAACCAAAAAACCAUGGUCCGUCUAUCUGUACCAUCUCUGAUCUACACAUUUAAAACUUAAGUGUGGUUCUUUCCUGACCUCAUUAUGACAGUGAGUGCUUAUUGCUGAUGGGUUAGAGACGAACAUGAUACAAAUAACCGAUAUUAAUAGUCGUGGUAGUGAUGAAGCUUUCCUAUUGGUCUGUAUUGAGCGAAACACUUCCUCAUACUAGGACUAACCGAAAAAACAGAUGCAACAUAUCAAAGCAAUAUCGUACUGUUCACUGUACUGUUAUGAAUUUCUAGUAAGUUGUUUCCCUUAAAUAAGCAGCAUUUUCAACAAUGCUAUCUCCGAACUUCGGGACUCCUAAAUUUUUUGCAAAAUCAACAAACAGUGGGUGGUUAUCAGUGUCGCAAUGUCAAGUUUUUGAGACGAGUGGUCAUAUUGCGAUCAAUAAAGUUUAGUCAGCACUAAGCAUCAGGCAUACAUAACAGCAGUUUCCACUCGAUAAUAGUCUAUAUGAUUGGGUUUCCUUACUGUCUUCGUUUCAAUAGUUCAAUAAUGAAUGUUGUAUUUUUAAAAUCCAGAAGUAAAAUCUAACUUUUUUUUAGAUUAUUAUUGUAAUGUCAUUUGUUUUUGUAUCUCAGGUGAAGAUAUUGUAUUUUUGGCUACUGACAUAAGUCUUCCAGGUGCUGUAGACUGGGUUAUGAUGCAAUCGUGUUUUGGACAUAGUUUUAUGCUGGUUCUAGAAAAACAAGAACGUGUACCAGAUCAAAUAUUUUUCGCUCUUGUCCAACUCAUCGGAACUCGAAAACAGGCAGAUCAGUUUGUGUACAGGUAGAAACAUUUUGUAUUGUUGAAUGUGAUUUUAAAAAUUCAACCUAAUCCUUCUGUUUUUAAUAAUUUUUAUGAGGAAUAAGGCCAAACUGUGUAAAUAAAAUUUGAACAUACUAUUAGUUUAUGGCUAAAAUAUUGGUUUAUUUGAUGAGUAAUAAACUUACACUAUCUUUAAGUAUACGUCCUCAUAAAAAUUAAUCACUUAGAGAAACAUGAGCAUAUAACUUAAAAGAUCUCUUUUCUUCGAAAGACAAUAUCCGUCAUUUCACAGACAUCACAUUUAAUGGAUAUGUCCCCUUAAGAGGAUCAAAACAACUUCACUGAAAGCAGUUAUAUAUCGUUUAUCAGCGUAACUACAUCUAGUUUCUUUCUAAAAUCAAGCUUUACGUGUCAUCGUACAUCGAGAUAGGUAGUCACUUGAUGUGCGUAACGUAUGCCUUAACUAUGUCGGCUCAAGUUCCUAAUUUCGUCAUCUGACUUCAUCUCGUUAUCUACUAUUUUAUUGCUUGAUUUCAACAUUCCUCACUCGGUUGCUUCAUUGUAAGUCUAUUCUCCAAAGACACCUUUGGUUGAUCAGCUGCAACUUAUUUAACAUCAUGUAUCACAACCAUAAAAUAGACAGCUCUUCAGUAUGCUAGUCGUGCAAAGUGGACAAUCACGCAACCCACCGUUUCCUUUGUCAAUGUAUGUUGAUGAGUUUUGGUCAAAAGAUCUUUAUGUAUAUAAUAAUUUAAUAGUGGACCAAUAAUCGGCUUUGAUGCAUCCGAUAUAAGUAAAGAGAUCCCAACUAUCAAGUUUCAUUCUUUAUUCUUAAACUGACUUACUCUCAGGAUAGACUUCUUAAAUUCUCGGCAGCAUCUGUAAGGUAAUAAUAGUUCACAUUCUUCCUAACUUUGCCAAGAGUUAAGUGACUGAUUUCAUCUAGUUUAAAGUCAAAUCAUAGAAACUAGAGUGGAGCUACUGGCCAGUUAAACUGUUCUUCAGUGUUCCACUCAUCCAUUAAUCUCUCCUUUAUAAGAGAUUUUCAACUAUCAGCAGAUUUUCUAAAAUCAUCUUUAAUAACUAUAGAAUACUAGCACUUAUUGGUAUUAUUUAUGCUGUUGUCACUACUCAGUCCAUAGUGCAAAAACUUAUACAAGGUUUUUUGGUUGCAAAAACAGUUAAAAGGGAUUUAUGAUCUAUGAUCCUCAGUUCUGUCAACAACACGUUUGUCCACUUUUCGUGUUCUCAACCAAAUGGCUUUUGUAUAUUUUCAUUUAGGUGUAUGACGUUAAAACCGAGACCAAGUACCCGUGCCAUGGACCAUGGUUAAAAUAUGCUUAAUUUUCCAUUAUUCACAUUUACUUCGCUUGUGUAUUAAAUAAUUGACUAUUUGUUUAGUCUUAGUGAAUUUGACUUUGAAUCCUGUAUCGCGAAACUAAACUAUUGAAGGUCAUUGAGACUAUUAUUAUUAUUUAAAAAUAACUUUUAUAAAUGUUAUAUCUCUUAUUACGACCUAGCUAUUCCUAUUGCUUAGUAUCCUUGGACACUAAUUCACUCAACAUGUCCCCAAAUCAGAACACGGUUGAACAGGAACAAAAAUGUAUAUCAAAUAAGAAGGGUAGACAGAAAUAGGAAUUGCAACAAGGAAAACGUUAGUAUAUUUAUAAUUUUUGCACGAGGAACUUCUGCAAGUAUCUACUAGUACUGAUUGGUUAGGAAAUAGCCAAUCAGCGUGCACCAACACAGUUCCUGCACGUAACGUGCUUUAACCCUAUCUAUGUCCCGCUAGCAAUUGAUGAUUCGACCUUUUGUAUACUUUUCUUCAUUUCUGUGUAUAUGAAUGAUUUCCUAUAUCUCAUGUGAUUUUACAUGAAGUUCAUGUUAUUCUUUAAGGAAAUCAUUCCUUUUUAUUUUAUGUGUACUAUUUCGGGUUGUUAUAUUCAUUAAUUCAAGUUUUUUCUUUAUUGUUUCUGAUUUCCGUCUAAUAGACUUGAAUUAAACGGGCAUCGUCGACGAUUAACUUGGGAAGCUUGUCCACGUAGUAUUCAUGAUGGUGUUCAGUCUGCAAUCGCUGUGUCUGACUGUUUAGUGUUCGAUUCUAAUACUGCCCAUUCAUUUGCUGAAAAUGGUAAUCUAGGAAUUAAUGUGACUAUUUCUCAAGUUUCUCCGUCUAUUUCAUAAUUUUUAACAUUCAUUACAUUUUUUUCUGUACUUUUUCUUCUCUUUCCUUUUUGUUGAGAAAAUCCAGUCCACAUUAUUAUCCGUUUUUUGCUACAUCGAGCACAUUAUCUUAGUUCUCUUUACUUUUACACUUUGUCAUUAUUGAAUAUCAGUGGGUCAGUCUACGUUUGUAACAUUUUUCUUCGAUAGAAAGAUGAGAAUAUUUACAUACAGGCAUUUGAUUUCACUUUCUUUUUCAUUCUCUCAUUCAUGCAAUCAGUAUCUUCAUUCUCUUUUCCUCUCACCUUAUUCACAUCUUCAUGUUUCUUAGUUCUUUCAAGCGCCUUAAAAAUUACAUUAUCAUCCCGUACAUGCACAUUAAUGUUUCCUUUCUAAAUAAUUCAGUUUACUGGUCCCUUGUGUGUGUACGUUUGUAUAUUAUCUGUCCAUUGGAUCCAGUCUAUGUAAAUAAUUGUGUUUACUGUCUACCACUUCUAUCUGAUUUCCCAUUGAUAGUUCAUUCACAUUCAUACAUUUAGUGAUUAUUAAUUAUUAUUCAAAAUACAAACCCUAAAAAACAAGACAAGUCAAGUACGUAUACUUCACUUUCAUAUUUUGUUAAUCCUAUUUUCUCUUGUAUUUUUUUGUGACAUCCUCUCCCUGCUUUUUUUCCCCAGAGCUGUUUAUGUUUUUCUUUUCUUUGGAAAGAAGGCGUUAGUAUUUCUUUAUGUAUAAUUGCGAUUUUAAGUGAAAACAAAAUUUAUGAAUCUUUGGUAUUAUUUGAGGUAUGUUCACAAAGAGUUUGUCAUUAUUGUAGUAAGAAAACGAAAAAUGUGACCACCUCCCUGUAUAUGUUUUUGGGAAGGUUGCUCGUAUGUUUUUUUUUUCACUGAUUUUCUUGUUUAUAUCAAGUUAGUUCGUUUUUCUUAUUUUAUCCUGUUUUCAAAAAUUGUUGCUAUUGUGAAGCGGUCAAACAGAAAUGUUUUCGGUUCCAUAAAAUAACCUGUAAGCAAAUAUAAACAUACUAUUUCGUAUCAAUAUAUGAAAUUUUUCAAGUUUGGG